AUGAUCCCACCUCCACUAGAUGCUUCUUUAUUGAGAGAACAUGCGUAUCAAGGAACUAAUGAUUUAAGCACCGUCUUGAGCCCCAAUACGUUUACUGAUGAAGGUGGGUACAAACCCGUACUGAAAUACGGACUGGGCUAUUUCAACUAUGGACUUGUAUUAGACGACGAAGUGUACGAUUACUCAUUGUGCGACAUUAUUAGAGGACACGUAUAUGGCCAUUUUUGGUGCUACUUUUGUUGUUUCAUGAUUUUAUUCACGGUCUGGAUAAUAAGUUUGACUUGGGGCUCUGGAAGCAAGAAGAACAAGUUUGGGUGGAGCAAGAAGGAGGACGACUUUAAGAUUGAAGGGGGCGAUUUGGAAUAUCAACAUGUCAAAGUUUAG